UGGUUUCCACCAAAUCUUGCCGGUUUUCAAAUAAUUCCUCGUGGGAUUGUGAUCGUGAUCUUGAGGGUUGGAAAACGACAAAAAGAAGAAAAAGAAGAGUACCACUGUAAAUUAAUCACUCUGGAAACGAUCAAUCUUGGUAAUAGUGAUAUUUAUGGAUAAUUAAAAGCAUAAGUAAAAAAUGGCACGAAAUGCAGAAAAGGCUAUGACAACGCUUGCUCGUUGGAGAGCAGCGCAAAAUAACGAGGGGACAAGGAAAGAGCAAGAGCGAAGGCCGUACUUAGCUUCAGAGUGUAGAGACUUACGUAAGGCAGAGAAAUGGCGAAUGCAAAUAAUUAGGGAAAUUGCGAAGAAGGUUGCCCAAAUUCAAAAUGCCGGGCUUGGAGAGUUCCGCAUUCGUGAUCUAAAUGACGAGAUUAAUAAGCUACUUAGAGAGAAGCGACAUUGGGAGGCGCAAAUAAAGGAGCUUGGUGGACCUGAUUAUUCCAGAGUCGGGCCUCGCAUGUUAGAUCAUGAAGGACGUGAGGUCCCUGGUAAUCGAGGUUACAAAUAUUUCGGCGCGGCUAAGGAACUACCAGGCGUUAGAGAAUUAUUCGAGCAAGAACCACCGCCACCUCCUCGAAAAACUCGCGCGGAAUUGAUGAAGGACAUCGACGCGGACUAUUACGGUUACAUGGACGACGACGACGGUAUUUUGAUACCACUGGAACAGAAAGCUGAGCAGGAAGCGAGAGAAAAGUGCAUCAAGGAGUGGAUAUCUCGGGAGAAGGAAGGGCCGGAGGUCGAAGUUGAAACAACGUCACAAAAAUUGAUUCCUUCGCAACAAGACAUUCAAGAGGCCUUACUCGUUAGAAAGAAGAAAGAGCUGCUGGAAAAGUACGGGCUAGACUGAAGUCUCUAGAAGAUCGGCGUUGCAUGUGAAAUGUAGACUGAAAUGUCGAUAUUGCGAUAUUAACUAUUGAUAAAUUUAUUGUUAGUUUCAUUAUAUAUUAGAAUACAUUUUUAUAAAACGCGAUGAAUAUAAUAAUUAUUAUUAAUAAGCACGUAAUAACAUUGAUUAAGAUAAUUAGUUUGUGCAGUAGACAUUCAAACUUGAAUGCUUAUCAAGAGAAACGGGUGCCGUAGAUGAAAAUAUAGAUAAAAAUCCAA